AUGAAGAUUUGUAUAGCUAAUGAUAUUGAGCAAGAAUUAAUUACAUCAUCAUUACCAUAUUUACAUGAUUUUAGAUUUGCAUUUUGUUAUUAUUAUGAAAAUAAAACAAAUGAAUUUAUUGAUAAAUUAAAACAAUUUCAAAAUAAUUUUUGGCAAAAAGAACAUCAAUGAUAUCAUAAAACUAAUCAUAAUCGUAUGGGUACUAAUUUAGCUGUUGCAGAAUUGAAAAUCGGAAUGAGUUCUGUUUAUACUUGUGGACAUUUUUAUGAAUAUCUGUUACCUCAACCUGAUAUUUUGAAGAGUAUUCGAUCUAAUAAAAAAGUAUGAACAAAAACGAACAUAAUACAGAAUAAGUCUUAGUUUUGUUUUGCAUAAGUUUUGUGAAAUGCAUGUGUGUGUAUGAAUUUACAAUACUGAUUCUAUUGUUUCGUCAAGUUGGUUAUAGCAUUUUUGAUAAAAAUAAUGUGAUCCUGUUCAAAUUACUUAUGUAGAUUUCUCAAUCAUGAGUAAAUUGUGUAAUCGAUAUUUUCUUUAAUUCUUUAUGAAAUAUCAUUUCCGAUAUUGCUUCGAAAAGAUGAACAGAAGCAAGAUAAAGGAUAUUGAAGCUAUCGAAAAUAUAUAGACUAGUUAUUUAAGCAUGGAAAAAUACUUUCUGAUUUUCUUCCGAUUUCGAGAACAAAAAUUCCGACUUUCCCAAUUUUUAGAAAAAUUUUUCUGAUUUUUUAAUUUUCGAUCUGGUAACCCUGACCCCCACCAUUACAGACCUCAGCAGCCCAUAAAAUGCUCUAGUUUUUAUAUAAUAUAUCAAUGAUUUCAUACGUAUUCGGAAAAAAGGUAUUUUACAAUUUAAAAAUAAGGCAUCAGGACAAAAAAUUAAAAAAAUAUAUGUGAGUUCCACAUUUUAGCUCCUCUGGAGCUGCGCUAACAAGUCUUUUUUUACUGAUUAGUUUUGUGAAAAGAUUUUAAAAUUUUAAAAAGAUGUCUCUAAAGGUCUGAGUAUAUUUAAAAAAUCAAGGUUAUACAAAGGCGGGAAAACCGCGAAAUUUCGUCAUGCACCGUCACCGCCCCGCCUCGUCAAGUUUUAGCACCGCCCCGCCGGCGGGGCGGGGCGGGACGGGGCGGUUUUACACCGCGGCUCGCUCAUCUCUGGUGUAGAUAUUUUUGUCUGUUUUCUUCGCAGCUGAAUUUCUAUUGGUUUCCGGCUAACUAAUCAGAUUUCCAAGCAAAUGGACCGCAAAUUCAAGCACGGCACUCUCGAAAACCCUUAGGUACAUGCCUUGUGUAUGCUCAUAACGUGCUACUCAACAGUUCUUCGAUAGGACCGAAUGCUGCAAUCUGAUUGAUCAGGUACAGAAGCGAGUCUUUUGCGGGCGGUGGACCCAUGUUUUUUCGACAAAAAGUAGUCGUUGACCUUCCUCUGGAUCAAAGAGUAUGCCAUGCAAAGUUUCGUCGCAUUUGCUCGUACGGUGUGGAAAUGCAUGAAAAACAUACAAGCAAACAGACAAACUUUCUUCUUCAUAUAUAUAGAUAUCUACAUGCAUAAUAAGAAAAAUAUUGGUCAAAUUCAACAUGAAUCAGUCUCAUGUUGGCUUUUUUGAUUUACAUAACGGAAUAUUACUUGCCAUUUUAAAAAAGCUUGACAAUAUGGAUGUUCUUUAUUCAUUGUUGGAUGUUGAUAAUCAAUGAAUUGACAUUAUAGCUCAAGAAAAUAUUUUCACUAAUACUCUCAAUUUUGUAUUAACAACAUUCACUAAUGAUAUUUCCUCGAUUAGCAAUACAAUAAUUGAUCGAUUUUGCAUAAAUAUUUUACUAAGAAUUCAUCACAAUGUUAAUGAACAAGGAAAUAUAUAACAAUUGUCGAACAUCGUUCGAAUCCAUUUUGAAGCUACGACUAGAACUUAAUGAGACUAAGAAAAAAAUAAGUAAAGAAUAUAUCUAUAUUUCUC